CUGUACCCCUCUCUCUCUCUCUCUCUCUCUCUCUCUCAAGAAUCAACAUCAGUUUCUCUCACAGACGAGAAAAUGUUGGAACUAAGGUUGGUUCAGGGCAGUCUUUUGAAGAAAGUGAUGGAAUCCAUAAAGGAUCUGGUGAACGACGCCAACUUUGACUGUUCGGCGACGGGAUUCUCACUGCAGGCCAUGGAUUCAAGCCAUGUAGCGCUUGUCUCACUCCUACUCAGAUCUGAGGGUUUCGAGCACUACCGAUGCGAUCGUAACCUCUCAAUGGGAAUGAAUCUCGGUAACAUGGCAAAAAUGCUAAAAUGCGCCGGCAAUGACGACAUUGUCACCGUCAAGGCUGACGACGGCGGUGACUGCGUCACCUUCAUGUUUGAAAGCCCUAAUCAAGAUAAGAUUGCUGAUUUUGAGAUGAAGCUGAUGGACAUUGAUAGUGAACAUCUUGGAAUACCAGAAGCAGAAUAUGAAGCCAUUGUCCGAAUGCCAUCUGCAGAGUUUGCAAGAAUCUGCAAAGAUCUCAGCACCAUAGGAGACACUGUUGUGAUAUCUGUCACCAAAGAAGGCGUAAAGUUUUCCACCAGAGGUGACAUUGGGACUGCAAACAUCGUCUUAAGACAAAAUACUUCCGUUGACAAGCCAGAAGAAGCAACUAUAAUCGAAAUGGAGACACCAGUUUCCUUAACAUUUGCUUUAAGGUACAUGAACUCUUUCACAAAGGCGACUCCAUUAGCAAGCCAAGUGACAGUGAGUUUGUCAUCUGAGCUGCCAGUAGUGGUGGAAUACAAAAUUGCGGAAAUGGGUUAUCUGAGAUUCUAUUUGGCUCCAAAGAUUGAAGAAGAUGAAGAAAUGGGUGGUGGUCAUCAGGCUGAGCCAGUGGCGGAGCCCAAGAAACAACCGGAGAAGAAGCCAAAAACUGAGCCUAAAUCAAAUGGAGAAGGGGUGCCUAAACGACGUGUCUUGAAGGUAGAUCUUGAUGAAGAAGAAGAGGAAACUAAACCACAGGUUGUUAAGAAUCCUGGAAGUGAGAAUGGUGUUAAUGGUGAUUAUGUUGAAGUUUUGGAUGUUAAGACUGGAACUGGUGUUAUUGAGCCAAAAACAGAGGUUGAAGUAAUGGAUGUUGAGUAGGUUAGUGAUGAAAAGUCUUAUGAAGUUAAGUUGUUGGGGUUAAUUUUGUUUAUGCAAUAUGAAAGUAUGUAUGUAAACCCUUGAGUAGUGUUUUCAAGUAGAAAUGAGC